UUCAGUGUGGAGUGUAGUGGGUAAAUGUGUAGCUGUGCGUCGUUGAUAGCCAGCCAAGUAUUGGCGCUCCCCGUUCUACUAUUGGAAAAUGUGGAUCGCGAUUCUAUUUUCUGUUCCUAGCGAACUGCGAAGAUCUCGUGCUGCUCGCAAUGUUCGAGCCAUUCGACACAUUUUUCUCACAAUCAAUCUCGCUCGAUCCGCGGAAAACGAAAGCGAUUCUGAGUCCCAUACAAAGUUCAUGUGAACAAAACGGUGUUUAGUUGGCAGACGGAACUCAGUACACUUAGUAUCCGUUCGGGCCGCGCAAGUGCUCCCUUGACGUAUAGUAGAACAGUAGAGAAAGUGCUUAUCACGCUGCUGCGCUCGUCGUGUCCCACUGACUUUCGUUAAAGCUUUACUUGCUUGCUUGAAUGCAUAAAGAAAUGCAACAUUGCGAACAACCCACAAAGCCUUUGUUCCAUAUCAAGAGUGCCGCGCUGCAUUAAUGACAUUCGUCCUUGCUUAGUUCUCGCUCGGAACACUACCCGUUGUUACCGCGGAUUGCUACUGUUGGUGCAGGUGCUACAUCGUAACGGAAGGAGAAGUGAAAAGUGUGAAUGAUGUCUACCGUACAGUGAAGUGUAGAACCAGCCACGCUGGUUAUUAUUAGCACGGUGUAGUCAGCUUUGUGGGCGGAAAGCUGAGGAAAAUGUAAUCAUUCAUCACGGCCAAUUAAAACUGUAGAGGACAUUAGCACGGUUGAGAAACUUGGAAGAUUUGAAUUGUUACUUUUUGCGGCUUCUUCCUGUUGAAAACUCAAUGUCAAUUACUCCAUGUGAUCUAUUUAUGUUUUGCUUUUUGAUUAAUUUUUUUUCGCGACGCAAUGAGAUCCAUAUAAAGGAAGCAAUCGAAGUGAUUACAAGGCGACUGAAUUGCCAUAUUUGCUUUGAACGAAGCAACAGAUGUAACGGGAGAACUUAUCAUUUGACAAUUAUUUGAAAAUAUUUUAAUUACAAUGGCUGGUCAUGGACCCCCAACGCAACGGAAAAAUGCUCAAAAUGAAUUCGACCUCGACGAAGACACACUGGACGAGCUCCCAAAGCCACCGGAUGGAGGAUGGGGAUGGGUGGUUGCGUUUUCAUCGUUUUUGAUUCACAUUAUAACUGAUGGUAUGACAUACUCAUUUGGUUUAUUCUAUGCUGAAUUCCUUGUUUACUUCGGUGAAGGCAAAGGAUACACGGCAUGGAUAGUUUCGAUAUUAGUAGGCGUAACGUUAUGCUCAGGACCAAUAUCUUCCUCCUUCGUUAAUAGAUACGGGUGCCGAUUAGUUACAAUUGCUGGUGCCAUCCUCGCCAGUACUUGCAUUUUUAUUAGUAUGUUUGCUCAAAAUGUACUCACACUUAUUUUUACCAUCGGCAUCGGAACAGGAAUGGGACUGGGAUUAAUUUACUUACCGGCCAUUGUUAGUGUUACAAUGUACUUUGAAAAAUACAGGUCGCUGGCGACUGGUAUAGCAGUGUGCGGUUCCGGGUUCGGAACAUUUGUUUUUGCUCCCCUUACCGAGGGUUUGAUUGCAAACUAUGGAUGGCGUGGUGCUUUGUUAAUUAUUUCUGCUAUUGUGUUGAACUGUAUUAUCUUCGGCAUUCUGUUUCGGCCGUUAGAAGCACCAAAGCGGAAACGGAAGUUAUCACAAGAAUCCCUUGAGAAUGAACUACAGCCACUGAAAAAUAAGACUGGUUUAGGAAAUAAUAUUGACAAUAAAGGUAGUCUUUUGAACACCGGUGAUAUGGUCAUGCCUCGAUCGGCAAGUGUUGGAUAUGAUAUGACGAACAUCACAAAAAAUCAUAACAAUAAUACGAAUGGUCAUGUUAUUAGCGGUUCUCUUGGAAGGAAACAACGAAGAUCCAGUCUAAUGCGUGCAACAGCCAGUCAACCCCACAUUGGGUUAAGUAAUAGUCACUUAAACAGGGAUAUAAGGUUGAUAUAUGGCAGUGGUACCAUGUAUAGACCGGACAUUUUUUACCAGGGUUCACUUCAAAAUAUACCCCAAUAUCGUUCGCGGGGUGAAUUGUCAUCGAAAGACCCAAUUCGAUAUGGUUCUUUCAGACGGGAUCGCACAACGGAUUUCGAAAAGGAUUCAGAUAAGAUUUGCGGUUGCAUAACAUGUUCAAAAGAAACACGAGAUACUUUCUCGGAAAUGAUGAAUUUCUCAUUGUUUCGUGAUAUUAUUUUCAUAAUUUUUGUUUUCUCAAACUUUUGUACAAGUAUCGGUUUCAACGUGCCAUACGUCUACAUAGCUCCACAAGCUGAGGUACUAGGGCUGAAUAAGGAAGAGGCGAGUUAUCUUUUAGCCGCAAUAGGAAUUGCCAACACAUUUGGAAGGAUUAUUCUUGGAUACAUAUCAGAUAAGCCAUGGGUCAACCGAUUGUUUGUUUAUAAUGUUUGUUUGACGAUUUGUGGUUUAGCUACCGGUGGAUCAAUAUUUUGCACUGACUUCUACUCACUAGUAUUUUAUGCAUCCGUUUUCGGAUUUACUAUUGGUGCCUAUGUCGGUCUAACAUCCGUCAUUCUAGUAGAUUUAUUAGGACUUGAAAAGUUAACAAAUGCCUUCGGACUUCUACUGCUCUUCCAGGGUAUUGCUUCGCUGAUUGGACCUCCUUUUGCGGGCUGGCUCUACGACAUUACGGAUUCUUAUAAACCAGGCUUCCUUUUAGCCGGCGUAACAAUAGCUGUUAGUGGCCUAAUCCUAUUUUUCAUUCCAAUUGUACAAAAGUAUACAACGCGCAAGGAGAGUGAACCAAGGGUUUCUGAUCCAGAUCAUUAGGUGGCAAAAUAUAAAAAUGCUCAUGAUAAAUUGUGUGCGCAGUGUUCAGAGAAGUGUAAAUGAUUAAGUAACACAAAUGUAUAUAUUGACGCACUAGGUAAAAGUAGAUAUGGAUAAUUCAAUUCAAAUGCUGUGAACGGUCUUUCUUACUGAAUGUGAAGUGAAAUGGUGUAGCAACUUUAGUUGAAUAAAGUUAUUGCAAUAUUGUUGUAAAUAUAAGGAG